UGGGGCUCGGCUCGGGGCCUAUGAGCGCCGGGCUCUGGGGGCGGGCCAAGCGGCGGCGGCGGCAGCGGCGGCGGCGGAGUGGGGAGGCGGCGGCCUGGCUUGGCCUGGCCUGGCCUGUCAGGGUGCGGGCGGCGGCGGCUUCAGCACCAUGUCCCUGCAGUACGGGGCGGAAGAGACGCCCCUCGCCGGCAGUUACGGCGCGGCUGAUUCGUUUCCAAAGGACUUUGGCUACGGCGUGGAGGAGGAGGAAGAGGAGGCGGCAGCGGCGGGCGGCGGGGUUGGGGCGGGGGCCAGCGGUGGCUGUGUCCCGGGGGGAGCUGACAGCUCCAAGCCGAGGAUUCUGCUCAUGGGGCUCCGACGCAGCGGCAAGUCCUCCAUCCAGAAGGUGGUGUUUCAUAAGAUGUCACCCAAUGAGACACUCUUUUUGGAAAGUACCAACAAGAUUUAUAAAGAUGACAUUUCCAAUAGCUCCUUUGUAAAUUUCCAGAUAUGGGAUUUUCCUGGGCAAAUGGACUUUUUUGACCCUACCUUUGACUAUGAGAUGAUCUUCAGGGGAACAGGAGCAUUGAUAUAUGUCAUUGAUGCACAGGAUGACUACAUGGAGGCUUUAACAAGACUUCACAUUACUGUUUCUAAAGCCUACAAAGUUAAUCCAGACAUGAAUUUUGAGGUUUUUAUUCACAAAGUUGAUGGUCUGUCUGAUGAUCACAAAAUAGAAACACAGAGGGACAUUCAUCAAAGGGCCAAUGAUGACCUUGCAGAUGCUGGGCUAGAAAAACUCCAUCUUAGCUUUUAUUUGACUAGUAUCUAUGACCAUUCAAUAUUUGAAGCUUUUAGUAAGGUGGUGCAGAAACUCAUUCCACAACUGCCAACCUUGGAAAACCUAUUAAAUAUCUUUAUAUCAAAUUCAGGUAUUGAAAAAGCUUUUCUCUUUGAUGUUGUCAGCAAAAUCUACAUUGCAACAGACAGUUCCCCUGUGGAUAUGCAGUCUUAUGAACUUUGCUGUGACAUGAUUGAUGUUGUAAUUGACGUGUCUUGUAUAUAUGGGUUAAAGGAAGAUGGAAGUGGAAGUGCUUAUGACAAAGAAUCUAUGGCAAUUAUCAAGCUGAAUAAUACAACUGUCCUUUAUUUAAAGGAGGUGACUAAAUUUUUGGCACUAGUCUGCAUUCUUAGGGAAGAAAGCUUUGAACGAAAAGGUUUAAUAGACUACAAUUUCCACUGUUUCCGAAAAGCUAUUCAUGAGGUUUUUGAAGUGGGUGUGACUUCUCACAGGAGCUGUGGUCAUCAGACCAGUGCCCCCGGCCUGAAAGCACUGACACACAAUGGCACACCUCGAAAUGCCAUCUAGUCUGAAUCCCAGCGCUGGGGCUCUGUGCCAGCUUACUCUUCACUCCGGGGUCAGAUGCCGUGUGCUACAGGACAUGGGAGCUGCUGCUUGUGGGAAUCUGGUGUCUGUUUCACUAGAGACAAGGGGUAGAGUUUCUCAUUUGGAUGAAAACCCCUUCAACCAGUGGUGUACAACUGAAGCUACUAUUUCUUUUUUGAAAAAUGGCAAAAAAAAAAAAAAAGAAAAAAUUCUAGAGACAACAGAACUCAAGUUUGUCUUUUUCCUCUUUUGGGUCCUAUGUUAAGUAGAUGGGAUAUUUUGGACCUGAAGAUAACAUCUAUUACCCAUCCUUACCAGGGAAUGUUGCUGUCAGUUCCAGCUGAAAAUCAUAGAAAAAACUGAAUUUUUAUAUGCAUCACUUAGGCUUUUUUUUUGAGUAUUCUUUAAAGAUCUUGCCUUGCUUAAGUUCUAACACUGCCUCUCAGAUUUCAGUUUUGGACCUUGCACAUCUGAGACUUUUGAAAUGCAUUUGCUCGCUAACUCAGAAGGCACAUAGUUGGACUGCAGCAAAAGACAUUCCUGCAUUUGUUAUUGGAGGAAUGAGAGAAAGUUUUAUCCUGCAUCAGGCAGAAAGCAAGGCUCAACAGUGGCUGCAUUAGUUCACUUGGAAGUGUUGAGGAAAAGACUUUGAAACAGAAGAAAUUUUUCACACCUGUUAAUUUGAGUAACAGAUGUCUGGGUUCUUCAGCAUUAGAUAAAAUGGUGAUGUUCAAAGGGAAUUUAAAAAAAUUUGUUUUUCCCACAGCCACCUUUUAGGGGAGGGACUCAACAUGUCACUGAAAUGUUUAGCUUAAUCUUUUUUUUAAUGCCUAAAUCCAUAUAUUCUGAAAAAAGAAGCACGAUAAAUGGGAGCUGUAUCAACAGGGUGCCACAGCAACCUCCCUGCAUCCUUCCUCUCUACCAUAACAUCAAUUAACAAGUUCCCCAGCCCUAGGUAAUUAUUAGAAUCCUCUCCCCAUUUUUUUUUUUUUUUUUUUUGAGACAGGGUCUCAGUACAUUGCCCUCAAUAGAGUGCUGUAGCGUCACAGCUCACAGCAACCUCAAACUCUUGGGCUUAAGCGAUUCUCUUGCCUCAGCCUCCCAAGUAGCUGGGACUACAGGCGCCUGCCACAAUGCCCGGCUAAUUUUUGGUUGCAGUUGUCAUUGUUGUUUAGCAGGCCCGGGCUGGGCUUGAACCUGCCACCUUCAGUGUAUGUGGCUGGCUCCCUACUCACUGAGCUAUGGGCGCCAAGCUGUCUCCCCAUUUUUUAAAAGGUCAUUGUAGCUUCACCCCUCUUCCCCAUUUGCCUGCUCCAUCCUCCAGUAUGACACAAGGAGUGGCCCUAACCCCCAGUAACAAAAUACUACUAUGCUCGCGCCUUCUCGGGUGUGGCCUCCUCUGCCUCCUCCUUCGUCAGAGCCUCCUUCAGUCCAUCUUUGUCCAGGGUCGGCUUUUAGGCUCAUCUGAGCCUGCAGCUGCUGUUCCUGAUGUCUGGUGGCUUCCCGGAGGGCCUAGAUCUGCAACUCCUGGCAGGCCAUCUCUGCUUACUUUGCACCCUGAGCUUUCUUUUGCUGCAACUGCUCCAUGGCCAACUCCUCUGACAUCAGCUGCUGAGAACUUUUGGAGGAAGAUCACUGGUCUUGCUUCUGCUACAGAAUCUUUGCCUUUUCAUUCUUCAACUCCACUUUCAGGAAGACCAUGGAUAUGAGGGCACAUGGUGGCCUGCUUCCAGAUUUCUGAGCCCAUAAAUGGGAGUGGGGCUUGGGGUUUGGGCAGUUGUCUGUGUUCUUGGUUCUGGAUGUGCUCUUGACUGAAGACUGACCAGUCCCACCAAAGCAAGGCAAGCGUGGAACAAAGUGGAGGAAGCAAAAGAUAGGUUUACAGAGAGAACAAGAGCAAGGUAAUAGGUUUACAGAGCAAGAUAAUGUUAGCCAUAGACAACGAACAGGCCUCCUUUGUCAGGAGGAAGUAAGAGGCCACUUUUCUUUAAUCUUGAUACCAGUCUUUACAUACCUUCUUUUCUAAGCUAUUGGGAUUCUUUAAUGCUGUUUGUUGAUCAUGUAUGACCCUAGCAGUGGUGGAUUGUCUACUGAGUGUUGGAAAGAGCACUGGUGCCACAACAUAUGUGUAGUUUUACAUCUUUUGUCUCCAGUAUUCUGACUCCAAUUGUCAGCUGUGGUACUUUGUUUGGUUAGUAUAUUAAUUCAUAAUUACUGCUUUUUGUGGAUGGUUGAUACCCUUUCCAUUGGUUUAACUUACAUGUUAUUUUUAUUCCACAUGCCCAAUAGUCAUAUAUUCCAAAGCCACUGGACCAUUUGAGUACGUAAGUGCCACUGCCACUGUUAAACGCAAUAUGUAUAUUCAGGUCUGUAAACCUAACAGUGUGACUUGGAGUGCUUCCUGUAGGUGAUUCUGACUGUUGAGUAUUUACAUGGACCAUGGUGAUGUCCAAAAGAAAAAUGCUUUUAUAUUUAUAGAUUAUUUCAUUGAACCAUAUAUAAAAUGGGUAUCAAUAAAUGUAUUUACUCCAAAA